AUGGCCGAGGGAGGCUUGUGCCGCCGCCGCCGCUGGAAGAGCCACAUCGUCGGGCAGCUGCAGCAGCGCGACCGGGCGCAGAAGGCGCGCUUCUCGGAUCUGGUGCAAGCCUAUACCAAGGUGCUAGAAAAAUCCAACUUGGCUGAUCUUUCUGUGCCUUUCCAGACCCCCUCUGGGGAUCAUCAGAUGGGGGGUCCCUCUUGCAGCCCCAACCACCCGUCUUCCGCUUGCGUCGAUCCCGACACAGUUUGGGAUCCUUCGACGGUGUUGACGUGCCUUCAGAAUCGUCACGAAGCCAGCCUCUUGGAGUUGGAGACGGCCAAUGGGGAGAUGGCCUACCAGGUGUAUGAAUUGAACCAGUUGCUCCAAGCGAAGGAUGCGGCACUGGGGGACCAGGAGGGCAGGCUGGCCAUCCUGAGCUGCCAACUUUCGGCGGUGCAGGCCUGGCGCUGCCAGCUGCAAAACCAGGCGGAGGAGCUGCGGGGCAGGAACGGUGCGCAGAAAUCCCAGUACGAUUCUCUGCAGAGGCAUUUCCAGCAGCAGGACGGGGCAUUUCGCCAGGCGCAGGAAAAGGGGGAGCAGCUACUCCUACAAGUCCUCCAGGGGAAGGUGGCAUCGGCCCAGCAGGAGAACGAGAGAAUCGAAAG